AUGGCGCAGAAGACGGCUGUGCGAAUUGCAACGCUGAACAUGAACGGAUUCGGCUGUCUAGCGAAGGACCACCCGGACAAUAAGUGGGGGAAAAUAUACAGACUCAUGAGCGAGCAACGAAUUGGAGUGUUGAUGCUCCAGGAAACGCAUCUAACAGAACAACGAAGAGCGGAUGUCCAACGAAUGUUUGCGGGGAGAAUCAAAAUAUAUUCAUCAGCCCAUCCGACGGCACCGACGCAGCGCGAGGGGGUUGCGAUAGUGAUCAACAAGAAGAUCAUAUGCGCGGCGAACACUGUGGUAGUAGAGGUAGUACCGGGCCGUGCGAUACAGCUCUCCAUCCCGUGGAGAGGCGGCGAAGUCCGGCGGCUCCUGUGCGUGUACGCCCCGACGUCGGCGGGUGCACAAGAGCGUAGGGUCUUCUUCCGAACGGUCCAAGAAUGGUACGACUCCCGGGAGGGCCGGCAAGUCCCACAUGUAAUGGCGGGGGACUUCAAUGUAGUGGAAGACCACCUAGACAGGGUCCCAGUCCCAACCGGCACGCCUGAUCCAUCGCUAGAGACCCUCGACGACCUGAAGAGGGCACUGUGCCUGAAAAUGGUCGACGGAUGGCGUCUCACGUACCCGGACACCAGAGAGUUCACCUUCCAGAGACUCUCCGAGGGGAGAGCGAUGAUGUCGAGACUGGACAGAAUAUAUCUCAGCGAAGAGACGAUGAAAUGGGCCCGUGAAUGGAAGAUCGAGCCAGUCGGUGUCAAGACCGACCACAGUAUGGUAUCGGCCCUGCUGACGACCGAAACUGCGCCAAAAGUCGGGAAAGGCAGGCCGAUCUUCCCGCUGCACCUAAUCAAGGAUAAGAAGCUGGGCAGGAUAAUGAAGUCUGAAGGAAUUAAGGCCCUGCACGAGCUUGAGGAAGUGGAGCGGCUGGGGAGAACGGACGCACACAACCCGCAGACGAUCCUAAUGGGGCUGAAGAAGGUAUGGCUGGCAGCGGCGAGGAAGCGCGAGAGGCAGAUCGUACCCCAGCUGGUGAAGGAGAUCAACGAGCUUAACAAGCAGGCAGAGAGACUGCAGGAAGGGGGGAACGACCCGGAUGAGGAGACGGCAGGAGAGAUAGCCGCACUCACCACGCAACUCAGGUCGCUCAAAGCGAGACGCGUGAAGCAACAGCAAGCAAAAUCGAGAGCACGCUACCGGAUACUAGGGGAGUCGCCGACAAAGUACUGGACGAGCAUGAAUAAGGAGCACACACCGAGAGAGCUCAUCCCGGCGUUCGAGAAGGAGAACGAGAGAGAUAAUGCAGGUGAACGUGUGUAUGAGACGGACACCAAGAGGAUGGCGGAGAUGGCAAGAGUGCACCACGAUGAUCUCCAGAAAGACGGUCCGGACGUGAAGCCGCGGGCGCAGCGGCUGAAAGACAUGGAGACAGCGCUGAACAGCCUGGAGGCGAGAGUCACUCCGGAGCAAGCGGAGGAGAUGGGAGCUUCAAUAGACUGGAGCGACUGUGAGCUAGCAUUGAAAUUCGCGAAGACGGGAACCGCACCGGGACUGGACGGCUUACAAUAUGAAGUAUGGAAGGCGAUGCACGCACGAUUUGUCGAGGACUCGCGGCACGAGGAGCGAACAAAGCUGGAUGUGCUCAGGAUUCUGCAGGCCGCGUUUGAAGACAUCCAGAAGCACGGAGUCUGCGAAGGUUCGACGUUAGCGGAUGGGUGGAUGUCACCUAUAUACAAGGAACAAGGAGAACGCACGAAGGUGGUCAACUAUAGGCCGAUCACACUUCUGAACACGGACUACAAGCUCCUGAGCAAGAUCCUUGCCAUACGGCUA